GUUAUUCAGAUUUUUUUUGCCAUUUUCCUGCUCGAAUUAGGAUUGACAAGCGGCAUAUUCUAGCUAUCUUGUUCUCUUUUGCAUAGCCUGGUCUUUUCAGCAUUCGUUGUAUGUGGAACACGGAUACGUCUGAUCUCAAGUCAUCAUACUGCGUACUUGGUCCUGAGUCCUGAGUCCCUCACCCCGAUCGCCCUCUAUAUAAUUGCUCCACUACAAUGUUCGACGUCACAUGGCUCGCGGGCUAUGCCAAGACAUCAUUCACCCAUUCUAAGGACCCCAUAACCCUCAGAUUGAAGUCCGGAGGAAAGCAGUCCUUUAGCCAGUUUGUGGAAGAUGUUAUACCGCCAUGUCGACUAAAUCCCGCACUCUUCAAUGGCCAUCUUCAGACAAUGUGGACUGCCAUCAAGGACGCAGGACCCCCAGUUCACUACAAACGCAACGUAUUUCAAUCAACCCAUAGUCUAUAUGCUGGCCAAUUUGCCGUCGACUUCGUAGUCCCGCCAUCCGACUACGAACCCGACACCACCCUCCCGGAAAGAACCACAUACUACAGCAAAGAGGACUUCGACAACAUUUCCAGCGAUGACGACAAGCCAAUGCUAAUCUGCCUCCACGGCCUCUCUGGCGGAUCUCACGAGGUUUAUCUCCGGCAGGUCGUCGCGCCGAUCACAGCAGCAGGCUGGGAGGCAUGCGUUGUGAAUUCGCGGGGAUGUGCCCUGUCGAAAAUCACCACGCCUCAGCUUUUCAAUGCUCGUACGACUUGGGAUCUAAGGCAGACUGUUGAAUUCUUACGGUCGGCUUUCCCUAAUAGGCCGCUUUAUGGAAUUGGGUUCUCCCUGGGCGCGAACAUUCUGACGAAUUAUGUCGCUGAAGAGGGUGAGGCGUGCGUUUUGAAGUCUGCGGUUGCUUGCUCGAAUCCUUGGAAUUUGGAUGUUUCGCAUCAGGGGCUGUUAAGGUCGUUUAUCGGAAUGCAGGUGUACAGCAGGACGAUGGGAACCAAUCUCAAGAAGCUGUACGCACUGCACAAAGAUCAAAUACUGCAAAACCCGAAGAUUAAACACGAGGACGUCAUGAAUUGCCGGUAUUUGUAUGAAUUCGAUAGAGUUAUACAAGGUCCGACUUGGGGAUAUCCGACGGAGGGAGCUUAUUACCGAGAUUCAUCAUCGACCGAUGCCGUCUCCGCCAUCAGAAUCCCAUUUUUAGGUGUAAGCGCAGAAGAUGAUCCCAUAUCCCAUAUCGAAGCAAUCCCCUUCGAAGAAUUCAAACAAAAUCCAUAUGCCGUAUUGUGUACUACAAACUGGGGUGGCCAUCUUAGCUGGUUCCAGGUCGGCGGUAAAAGAUGGUUCGCAACGGCAGUUGUCGCUUUCCUCAUGAAGAUGCACGACAGCGUGGACCUAAACGCCUUGAACGAGGAUAAUGAUGCAGUGGUGAUUGGAAACGUGGAAGCAGGCAAAAACUACCCGAAGUGGGAUCCGUCAAACAGGCGACUGACCGUGCCCUUGAGUUGAUUUGUUGAUGCAUCGAGAAAGGGUAUCAUUAGACUUUUAGACAUCAUUCG